AUGGAGCGUUCGAUUAUCCGGAUCUUGUUGAUGGUUCCCGUCUACUCCAUUGCUUGUACUCUCAGCAUCAUCUUCUAUAAGAAGCAGGUGUACAUCGGAAGCGUCUACGAGUUUUACGAGUCUCUAGUCAUCGUCUCCUUCUUCCUUUUGCUGUGCCAGCUGCUGCAUCCCGAUCUGAAUACGCUACGCCGGGUUUUCAACUUGGUGGAACCGAAGAAGUGGCUCAAUCCCACACGGUUCUUCGUCAAACAUGUGGGAAGAAAUAAAAAGGGACGGACUGAGGACGGAUUGAAAUGGUUCAACAUCAUUUGGUUUGGCGUUUUCCAGUUCUGUACCGUCAAGUUCUUCGGCGCUCUCACGAAGUGCAUCACGGAAGCGGCGGACGUGUAUUGCAAGGAAUCCAAGGAUCCUAGCCAUGCCAAAAUCUGGGUGAGGGAGGCCUUUAUGAAGAUAGGAUUCUCGAGAGUUGUCAUGAUUAUCGAGAUCUUGUCCCUCAUUACAGCCAUGAUGUGCCUGCUGCAAUUCUACCAUCAAACCUCGAAAGAAAUGGCCCAGCAUCUACCUCUUCUCAAAUUCCUCGCCAUCAAGCUGGUGGCAUUUCUGUUCUACGUUCAAACCAUGGCAGCCGUAUCGAUCCUCCACCUCUGGGCCUACCCCUACACCAUCUACAGAGACCCAGCGGCAUCGACAAAGACCGGGGGACAGAUCAGAACUCUGCGACGCGAAUCAUCCCUCUGCGAAGUUGGGAAGUCUGGCCUCAACAGCCGGAGAAUGUGUAUGGAGGCGCGUGUGGAGGAGGAGGAGGAGCAGAAGCAGGAGGAGCAAGAGCAGGAGGGCAAGACGCAUACGGUGUUUGGGACGGGGAAGACGGCUCUCCUCGUUCUACCUUCGAGACAAGCGCUCUUGCUCGGGGAUUCCAAUGGAGGGCGUUGA